CGUUAAGGAACAUGAGCUUCUGUGAUUAACCUAUUGAUGCUAUAUAAUCCUCCGGCCCAACUUUAUUCGUCACCUCCGUCCACUGGGACGCAUGUCUUCUGACGAUGCUUCAUCAACCUCCAACUAUAAACACAGCACAUCGAGUUUCGCAGACGUUUUCAAAUCUCUAGGCGUUUCGCGGCCCAAAUCGCUUUCUCCGGUCUCCUUGAAAGAUAGCAGUGAUUCCUUGUCGCAGACUUCAGAUGGACGCAGGAGCAAUUUGAUCUCAUUUGGAUUCGACUCAAUGCAUCGUGGCAGCGUCGUUUCGAGCUCUUCGGACACUUCUGGUGCGCCGGACUUCGAAACAUCGCUCAGGAUCAUCACCCAGAGACAGAACCUAGGUCAGGCCAUUGAUGAAGCCGAACAAGCAGCAAAAUCACUCCAAUGGCUAUCUCCAGAACAAUCGCUUCUGCUGUGGGAGGCCGGCUCCUACCUUAUUCACCAUGUCAGCUCGACAGAAGCUCGCCGGAGUGGCUCGGUGUUGAUGGAAGCCAUCGCAUCGCGCCAGGAUCUGUCACCAGCCGCAAGGCGCGCCGUUUUCGAAUCGAUUUCUAGUUCAUCCGAACCUGACGUUAUACCCGCGCGUGUUCAGUCCCUGAUAUCAUUAUCGGACCACGGCAGAAAGCUAGAGUUCACCAACUCAUCCCUUCUCCCUAUCAUUUCAUCCUGUAUAAUCCCGCUAUAUGAACUCAUCUCGACCGUUCGGCUAAAGGCGCGGAAGUCGAGGGUCGGCCGGGCCAAUGGCCUGGGCUAUGACGAUACCGUAUUAGACGACUUGCUGCAGUUCGCGGUGGAUCUGAUCACUCUGCAACGGAGCCCUCCUAGUAGUGAAGAGGUCGAACGAUUGCUGGAGCAAAUCUUUAUUGUUUGCAAAAAGACCACUGUUGCCGCCGACAUUAAAAACUCGCUGGCCGUUUUCGACGCCAUAAUUCUAUAUGCGGACGUACCGGAUGGAAGUUUCACCCCGAUGCUGGAAGUCUUGUGCAGCAUCCAUGCCUCUGUCAAAUCACUGUCGGGCCCCACGGCAAGAGCCGUUCGAAAUUUAGCCAAGUCCAAAAAACAGACUAACAUGAUGGACGCCCUGUACUCAUUCUUGUCCGACUCUUCUGAAGGAGUCUUGCGUGGAUCGGUACACGUUUUCACGGAUCUUAUUCGGGCUCACGGCCAAGACGGAAUCCCACAGCUCGAUUUUGACCGACUAACGGACUCUCUUCAGGCCGUCCUACAACAGCCCAGAGUAAACAAAAAGGACGAUGGUAGAUUGGAGGCGGAUAUUCUCGAGUUGUGUCUGAACGUGCUGGAUGGGGACUUUGCAGACGUAGCCCUGGAAAGAAACUGGGCAGGGUUCGUCAACCUUAUGAUUCUGUGUUCACUUAGAGUUGUUGACGAGGAUGAAUGUUACACCACAACGCCUAGCGCUUCAGUUCCUCACCCGAGGGGCAGCGUUGUCGAGGACGCCAGACCGAGCAUCUUGGCCAGCAUCAUCCAAAUUGCCUCCGCCAUUGAAUCUCUCUGGGAGCGUAUCAACAGACAGCAGAAAUUGGAGCUUACUCGCUUCCUGAUGAAUAUCUGUCAGCAGGUGGAGCCUCCCCAGGCUGAGCUCGUUCUCAACACAGUAAGGACCGAGAGGCUUUGCUUCCCUGGCAAUCCAAAUUGGGUGCAACAUUGCCAAAGACUGAUCCGCUGUUUCAUCCGCUCCCGUACCAAACCUUCCGACAUCCGCAUUCUCGCUCUCGAAACAGUCAAAGAGGCUUUCUCGGAUUAUGAAUCCCUGGUCCAAUUCAUGGAACAAGGGCUCCUGGACCUCAUGUUUGAGAGCUUCGCUUUGGAGGACGACAUCAUGUUUCUGGAGACACUAGUCUCAUUUGCUGUGGACAUCUCCAUCCUUGUUCGGGAUGAUUCUACUUUCAAAUUUUUGGUGGACACCAUCAGUUCACCGAUGAAUAAGGAUUUAGGUAAAGACGGACUGCAGCACGGAACCGAGCCUUCCACAUUACCACCUCAGCGCCCUUCAUUAGGCAGUGUCCUGGAGCUAUCAUUAGCCAAUGUCUGUUCCGUUGGCUUGGUAAAGAUGUUUCUGCGGUGCUUGAACCUUUCCGCCACCAAAGCAGUUGUGGUCUUUGACGCUCUUCAGGAGAUAUCCAAAUCACCAGAACGGCCGGUGGACUCGCGAUUGACUGUGCUCAAACUGCUCUUCAGGCUUCGAUGUGACUCCUCGGGUUCCAUAUCAGUCAUAUCUACUUCGGAAAAUGAUUUCAUCAUGGGCAUUUCGGGUCGGAAUCCGGACGUCGGCGCGAAAGCGCAUACCUUUGAGGAUCAAAGCACAGAACACAGUACUGGUAGUGAUCAUUUGCGCCCGCCAGCCCAGGGAAGGCUCUCAAUCCAUGACCCAGCCAGCCUGUCCUCUCGUUCCACUGCGCGCAAUACGGUGGCCAGCAUGCGUACGUCGAAAUUGACCCCACCGGUUUGGACUUAUGCCUCGUCCCAGGUCCUGCCUGAAGAGCCUCCGGAUGAGUCGAGUCCCUUCGUUUACGCAUAUGCGACGUCCGACACGUCAAGCUACGCUGAGGCGGAACCCACCCAAAAGAUCGCGUUGAAAGCCAACAUUUGGCUGGAAGCCGUCAUACAACUGCUACAGACAGAGGGUAAUUGGGAUAUUUACAGCUAUGUCCUUACCCAUCUUGGGCCUCAGCUCCGUAACCGAGACUUUUUCACCAAUGCAAUCCCACCUAUAAAACUACUCCGCAGUAUUUUGUGUGAUCAGGUCAAAAAUGACAAAUUCCGGGAGCCGCCUCCAUCGACUGGCGUGAAAAAGACAGACGUUGCAGGGUACAUUUUCGAGUCCCUGUGUGCACUAAUUAGCUACCAUGAGUUUUUCGCUAAAAGUGAAGAAGACGAACUCGUUCGCGCAUUCAUGCUGGGAAUCAUCGGGUCUUGGGGAGGCACUUCUCGGGGGUGCAUCCACGCCCUCUCCGUCUGUUGUCACGAAAUCCCACUUUCUGUGACCAAGUCUUUGAAUGGAAUUCUUGACAAAAUGUCCAAAGUGAUCACCAUGUCCAAUCUUGCCGUUCAUAUCCUCGAAUUUCUCGCACUACUUGCGCGGCUUCCCGAUGUAUACAUCAAUUUGCGGGAAGAAGAGAUUCGCACGGUGUUUGGCGUUUGUAUUCGCUUUUUGCAGACAUCCAGGGAGCAGCGGUUUAAAACCUCCGAGUCACCCACUCGAACCACCACGCAGGUGUCUGCAAGACUCGGAAAUGGAAUGCGCGAAACCACGGCUCUUCCUGCUGAAGUUCCCGAUCCCUCUCUGCAAGACGGCAUGUCAAGAUACAUCUAUACUCUCACGCACCAUGUCAUGGUCUUCUGGUUCUUGUCACUGAAAUUGCAAGAUCGAGCCAAUCAUGUCAACUGGAUAACCAGUCGACUCAUCUUCAGAGAUGAACAUGGCAAGGAGAUGGUAGAAGAGCAGAGUCAGGUUUUCCUUGACCUGAUGCAGCGGGUCGCGUUCACGGACUUGGGCGAAACCAUUCCAUACUCAACCUUUCCUCCAUCCCCAGCAGAUGGGCCUGUCAUGAAGAAGUCGUGGGUGGUUGGAAUGAGCAUCAUCACGGUGGAGACUGCUGGAGUGUCGGGCUUGACCCAAAUCACCAAAAGGCAGGCAUCCGGCACCACCUAUGCCAUGUACCAGCAGCGGACUGCGCCUGUUCUCCCUCACCAGGUCCCUCCAACUCCCGAAGCCCAUAUUCAUUCUGACGACAUGCGCACUGCCAUUCUUCCCAGCCAUGUGAUGCUCCAAAUGACCACUACAGCAUUCCCUACGCCCACCUCAAUGCAGCCCAUCCCACUUCUUGAAGACGACAUUACGCGCCGUGCCCUCAGCACAUUCGAUCGGAAUGACAUUGUGGAUGGGCACAAAAUCGGGGUUCUGUACAUAGGCAAUGGCCAAACAGCAGAAGCCGAGAUUCUUUCCAAUACGAGCGGCAGUCCGGAUUACGAGCAUUUCCUGUCGGGGCUUGGGACAAAGGUUCCACUCCAGGGAGCGCAGUUCAAUACCCAGGGAUUGCACGCCGACAUGGAUGGCGAAUUUACCUAUGCCUGGCGUGAUCGGGUUACAGAAAUUGUCUAUCAUGUUGCCACCAUGAUGCCGACUAGUUUUGACAACGACCCCUCGUGCGUCAAUAAAAAACGUCAUAUCGGAAAUGACUUUGUCAACAUUAUCUUCAACCGGUCUAAUCUCCCGUUUAAUUUUGACACGAUCCCUUCACAGUUCAACUUUGUCAAUAUUGUUAUCAGCCCCGUGUGCCGAAUCGCCAAUGACUGCAAGGUUACCAAUAUGGGCCCUGCUUAUUUCGACAAUCUCUUUUAUUACGUGCAAGUCAUAAGCAAGCCAGGGUUUCCUGAAAUAUCGCCUGCGGCCGCGCCCAAGGUCAUCUCUGGAAAGAACCUCGCGGCAUUCGUUCGUUUCCUUGCCUUGAACGCUUCCGUGUUUUCCCUUGUGUGGAAUAGCCAGGAAGGCGAGCAUGUCUCAUCUUGGCGAAACCGGCUGCGAGAAAUCAAGCGACUGCGUGAACGCGCGCUAGGAUCCCAGUCUCAGAACCCCGAAGGCACAGAAGGUGCUUAUCCCAGCCAACGUCGCAACACGAAAGCCAAUAUAUACUCUGAGGAAUUGCCUACCCGCACACCGUCUACGAGAGCAGAUUUUGCUACCGACUGGAAUGCCUCUGCAGAUGCUAAUAUUCUUCAAAAUCUAGACUUCUCUCGCUGGGGCCGUUGAAAGAACUCCGAAACAAGAUUUCCAGACCCCGGACUACCCUAUGAAGUUAAAAAAGUGUUUGAAACUGACCAUUAUUCAAAAUGGAAAUA